AUGGACAAGCUGCACGAGACACUGAUAAACAUGGAAGAUGCCCUGGGUUCGGAACACUCCGCCUGCUUGUCAUGCUGGGACUGGAAAAGCUCGGCUGGGCCUUUCGAGCUGCACCCCAUCUCGCCCCCGCACAGCCUGUCCCCGACGCCCUCCUUCGAAUCCUACUCCUCGUCCCCGUGCCCGCCGGCGGCCGAGACGCCCUACAGCAGCGGCGGCGGCAGCGGCCUGGCGGGGUACGGCCUGGUGGAGUUCCCGCCCGCCUACCUGCCCAGCCCCGGGCAGGCCCGGCUGCCCAAGGGCACCAAGGUGCGGAUGUCGGCCCAGCGGCGCAGGAAGGCCAGCGAGCGGGAGAAGCUGCGCAUGAGGACCUUGGCGGACGCGCUGCACACGCUGCGCAAUUACCUGCCCCCCGUGUACAGCCAGCGCGGCCAGCCCCUCACCAAGAUCCAGACCCUGAAGUACACCAUCAAGUACAUCAGCGAACUGACCGAGCUCCUCAACAGCGUCAAGCGGGCGUAGAGCCCGCCGGGAGCGCCUGCCCCGGCAGCCCCAGGGUCUUUACAAACUAAAAACAUCGACGUUUCUUCCUCGUCAGAGUACGGCGGGGCCCGGUGUGAGAGGAGGACGGCGCCAGGGAAGGGGAAGCCCUCUGUGCCUGGGACGCAAUGCUGGAAGGUGAUGUAGGAUUGCCUGAAAAC